AAUGUCAAUGCGCUUUUUCGUUCUUUUCAUCGGAAAAUUUGUGAACAUUCCCUUUUUUUGUUUCAAAAUUCAGGGAAUAUUUCAUUAAAACCUGUAUAAAAAGCCCUAUAAAUUGCAACGUAAAAGUGUUAAGGUUGCAAACCGCGUGUGUAAAUAAAAAUGGGGAAUGUUUUGGCUGCAUCGUCUAGCUCCAGCUCCUCACUGGACGCUGCCAAGUUGGGGUUGCCAGAAUUAUCAAGUCCAUCACCUAAUCAGCCCUCGUCUUCAGCGACAGCUUUGACGCCGCCUAGCACUGCUGGAGCUGAAUUAAAGGAACAAGCCCUUGAAAAUCCCGGCACUGUUGAAGAACUGCAUAAAAAAUGUAAAGACAUUCAGGCAAUGACCUUUGAAGGUGCGAAAAUAAUGCUGAAUAAGGGCUUAAGUAAUCACUUCCAAGUCUCGCACACUCUGAACCUCAGUACACAAUCAAGCGGGUAUCGCUUUGGCGCUACUUAUGUAGGAACUAAACAGUUUGGCCCUUCGGAGGCUUUUCCAGUAUUGCUGGGAGACAUCGAUCCCUCCGGAAACCUGAACGCCAACGUCAUACAUCAAUUUACACCACGCAUACGUUGCAAAUUCGCCUCGCAAAUCCAAGAUUCCAAGCUCACAGCUGCCCAAUUAACUACCGAUUACCGUGGUGAUGACUACACAGCUUCCUUAACCAUUGGCAACCCAAACAUCUUUAACAAUUCAGGCGUCUUUGUCAGCCACUAUCUACAGUCGGUGACUGAGAACAUCGCGCUCGGUGCAGAACUAGCCUACCAAUAUGGUCCCAAUGUGCCCGGUGGCCAAAUCGCUGUGGUGUCAGCCGUUGGUCGUUACACGCAAGGUGAUUCUGUGUGGUCGGGCACUUUGGGGCCUGGUGGCGUGCAUGUCUGCUACUACCAAAAGGCCAGUGAACAAUUGCAAAUUGGUGUAGAAGUGGAAACUAGUCUAAGAAUGCAGGAGUCUGUUGCAACUAUUGGCUACCAAGUGGAUUUGCCGAAGGCCGACCUCAUUUUCAAAGGUUCCUUCGACUCCAAUUGGAAUGUUUGCGGUGUUUUGGAGAAGCGAUUGCAACCAUUGCCAUUUUCUUUCGCUCUAAGCGGACGUCUGAAUCAUACUAAAAAUCAGUUUAGACUUGGUUGCGGUUUGAUAAUUGGAUAAUUAGUUUUUCGGUUAGUAGGUGUAAAGGAAGCGAAAGCUGCAAUGGCAGUAAUAGUAGCGGUAAAAAGGGCGGAGAAUGGAACAACAACUAUUACAGUAGUAUCAAGCAACACAAACAGCAGAAGAACUAGCCGAAGAAGAUAUAACAAAGCAAAAGCAACAAAUUUCAAUGAUUACAAUUUUUAUUUAUUAUAAUAACGAUUCUUUACAGUACAUUUAAAAUUGUUCUUCCUCAAGAUUUGCACACGAAUUUGUGAAAACCGCGCAAUGUCAGCGCAUUUAUUUGUCAACUUCGAACUCUAUUUAAAAAUGUAUUCGUGAUGAUUGAAAUUAAAUAGAAGUUCUUUUUGCCAAAUGAAUUGAUGGCAAAUCAAAAGGAGUUGCUUUGCCAUAGAAUAUCAUUACAUAUUAACAGUAAAAUGAACGACAGGGCAAAGAAAAGGCGAACAAUUUUAUUUGAGCAACAGUAUGAGGAGUCACGUAAAGGAAAAAAUGCAGCGCAUUACAGCACUUACGAACAUCCAUGUCGUUACAGUUAAUUAAAUUUGUUUCACAGAUUCACUUCUGUAGUUCAACGAUUUGCUUGAACCAGACAUAAAAUUUGCCUUUAAUUAUUUGAGAACAAAACUUAUAUUUAAAAAAAAAACAAAUUUAAAUUAAAGAAAUUUAAAUUUAUUGUUAAGAAAAAUAAUAAAUGAAAUUUAGAAUUGUAUAUUUGUAAUUACGUGCGCGUUGCGACUAGGCUGGUUUCAUAAGCCGUCUAAAAAUAGACAACUAGUGAAAACUUGAAGUGGAGAUUUUACAAAUUAGCACACAACUUAAAAUGCAGAUCACAGUUAGACACAACUUAGAGCCAAACUAAUUUCUUGCCUAUGUGCUAUUUGCUACAUUAUCACUUUCUUUGACUUCUUUUGUUUUUGUUGUUUGAGAGCUUCAAACCAAAAAUUAGUACAAAUGAUUUGCAUUUGUUUGAUUGCUAAACUCCUGAGGAAAAUAGACAAAACAAGUUCAUUUAAUAAAUAAAUUUGUGCAAAUGAUUGCAUUUUAUUAAUGCUUUUAAA